GCAGACAAGGGAGCAGGAGACACCACCUGACUUUUUUUAUUUCUCUGAUUACGAGAGGCACAAUGCAGAGAUCGCUGCCUUCCACCUCGACAGGAUCCUGGAUUUCCGCAGAGUCCCUCCGGUGGCUGGUAGGAUGAUCAACAUGACCAAGGAGAUCCGGGAUGUGACACGGGAUAAGAAGCUAUGGAGAACCUUCUUUGUAUCUCCAGCCAACAACAUCUGCUUCUACGGGGAGUGUUCCUACUACUGUUCCACCGAACAUGCCCUUUGUGGGAGGCCCGACCAGAUUGAAGGAUCUCUGGCGGCCUUCUUGCCUGACCUGUCACUGGCCAAGAGGAAGACAUGGCGGAACCCCUGGCGUCGUUCCUACCACAAGCGAAAGAAGGCAGAGUGGGAAGUGGACCCUGAUUACUGUGAAGAGGUGAAGCAGACUCCACCCUACGACAGUGGCCACCGAAUCCUGGACAUCAUGGACAUGACUGUCUUUGAUUUCCUCAUGGGGAACAUGGACCGGCAUCACUACGAGACCUUUGAGAAGUUCGGGAAUGAGACCUUCAUCAUACACUUGGACAACGGGCGUGGGUUUGGGAAAUACUCACACGAUGAGCUUUCCAUUCUAGCUCCCCUUCACCAGUGCUGCAGGAUCAGGAGGUCCACCUACCUGAGGCUUCAGCUGCUGGCCAAAGAGGAGCACAAACUGAGCCUGCUGAUGGCUGAGUCCCUGCAGCAUGACAAGGUCGCACCCGUGCUCUACCAGCUGCACCUGGAGGCCCUGGACCGGCGGCUGCGCAUUGUGCUGCAGGCUGUUCGAGACUGUGUAGAGAAGGAUGGGCUGAACAGUGUGGUGGAGGACGACCUAGCCGCUGAGCACAGAGCCUCCACGGAGAGGUAGUGACCACACUACCUGUGAGGAAGGAGGAGCACAGAGCCUAGCCCUGUGAAUUCAGUGAAUUCGGACAGGAUUGGUCAUCCCCAUAGGGUGACCUGCGGCAGGGAGCAUGGGGUCUCCCUCAUGGCUCUGAUAGGGAAGUAUGGGCCUCCAGUUCCAGCAGAAACCAGACAGAGCACUCUGGACAUGCAGCAGAGUGGCCAGCGCUCCAUCCUUCCCAUAGGGAGGAACCUUUAACUCACUAUUUUGUACUUAACAAAAGGCUCACAGUCCUGUCAAAGGAGAAACACCCAGCAGACCAGAGAUCACCUCUGGGCCACUUCAAGGACCUCCUAUGAUGUGAUCACACUCUGGCCCUCAAUUACAAUCCACUUUCUGCUCCCCAUCCUGGGGCCUCCUCUCUCAAAGGCCAGAGAGCUCUUAGAAGGGGGACAGUGAUGGACAUCAUGGCCUGUGUUGGGGCAGAUGGGCACCCAAGAAAGGGUUUUUGGAUACCAAUGACAAGCUAUCCACCUGUCCACUGCUGCAUAGCAGUCAGGCCUUACUAGUUGGUGGUGGGCACUGCCUGCCUUGGCUGAGCUCUGGACAGUGGGUGUCAAGACAGUACACAGAGCCCAUGGCCUCAGGACAGCAGGCUAACAUUGGGACAUUUUCGUGGAGUAGUUUGCAGUGAGGUAACAGUGCAAUAAAGAUACAGCAAGCGUGUGCCAUGGC